AUGGCACGUUCCUCUCGUCCAGAGUCCCUAUCAAGGGAAUCUUCUGUAUCCUCUGAUGCCUCCAGUGGGGGGGUCGAGGUAGACCAGACCGAAUUGCAGACCCGUGCCCCAAAGAGAAGACGUCUCUCAGAGGCGUCCGCUGACGAGGAGGAGGACUCGUACGUCCCUGCAGCACCCCUCCCUUCUCUCUCGCGAAUCAAGAAAAAGCAACCAAAUAAUGCUGCUCGCGUCGAAGAGAAUGACAACCCGGUUCUGAUCAAGGAUGCUCUGGAGAUUGGGUUACAGGAUGCGGAGUCUUCGUUUAAAGCGCUCAGUGUGGCGCCCUGGUUGAUCGGGUCUUUGACGACGAUGGCGGUUCGCAAACCGACUGCGAUUCAGAAGGCUUGUAUCCCGGAGAUUCUGAAGGGAAGGGAUUGUAUUGGAGGGAGUAGGACUGGUUCGGGAAAGACGAUUGCGUUUGCCGUGCCUAUGCUGCAGAAAUGGGCAGAGGAUCCGUUUGGGAUUUUUGCAGUAGUUCUAACGCCUACACGAGAACUUGCGCUGCAGAUCUAUGAGCAAAUCAAGGCAAUCUCCGCGCCGCAAGGCAUGAAACCUAUCCUCAUCACCGGCGGAACCGACAUGCGCUCGCAAGCCCUGGAGCUCUCGAAACGUCCUCACGUCGUCGUAGCCACCCCCGGUCGUCUUGCAGACCACAUUACCACCUCCGGCGCCGACACCAUCGCGGGCCUGAAGCGUGUCCGCAUGGUCAUCCUCGACGAAGCAGAUCGUCUGCUCGCCUCGGGACCAGGCAGCAUGCUCCCAGACGUCGAAACCUGUAUCUCCACCCUUCCGCCCUCCAAGGACCGCCAAACCCUCCUCUUCACCGCAACAGUCACCCCCGAGGUACGCGCCUUGAAGGCCAUGCCCCGGCCAGAAAACAAACCACCCAUCUUCGUCACCGAAAUCUCCUCCGAAAGCACCGACACCAUCCCCCCGACCCUCAAACAAACCUACCUCCAAGUGCCUCUCACCCACCGCGAAGCCUUCCUCCACGUUUUACUCUCCACCGACGCCAAUGCCACAAAACCAGCUAUUAUCUUCUGCAACCACACCAAAACCGCCGAUCUGCUCGAGCGCAUGCUCCGCGGCCUCGACCACCGCGUCACAUCCCUCCACAGUCUCCUCCCCCAAUCGGAACGCAACUCGAACCUCGCUCGUUUCCGCGCCUCUGCGGCCCGGCUCCUCGUCGCCACGGACGUGGCCUCGCGUGGUCUCGAUAUCCCCUCUGUUAGUCUUGUCGUCAACUUCGACGUGCCCAGGAACCCAGACGACUACGUCCACCGCGUUGGACGUACGGCGCGUGCCGGGAGAAGCGGCGAGGCAGUGACGCUUGUGGGACAGCGUGAUGUGCAGCUUGUCCUCGCGAUUGAGGACCGCGUGGGCCGCAAGAUGGAAGAGUGGGCCGAAGACGGCGUGAGGGUUGAGUCGAGGGUUGCGAAGGGGUCCUUGCUGAAGGAGGUCGGGGCGGCGAAGCGCGAGGCAAUGGUGCAGAUCGACGAGGGAAGGGAUGUGAUCGGACGAAAGAGGAACAAGUUGAAGAAAGUCCGGUAG